CGAGUACUCCGUAAUUUGAUAUCCACCGAUCAAGGAAUACGGCUUCAACUGUCUCUGCGGAUGUGUCUGUGAUAGGGCAUGCUGUCGCUCAUCUUGUAAACCUGUCCACUGCGGUAAGAGUAUGCGUGAAAGAGUUUGAUGGUGGCAGGGGACCAACUAUGUCUAGAUGAAUAUGUUGAAAGCGUUUAUCAGGCAAUGGAAACUUCCCAAGAGGACUAACUGUGUGUCUUUGAACUUUGCUGCGUUGGCAUCGUAAACAAUUUCUGGUCCAUUGCUUUAUAUUUACGUUCAUUUUUGGCCAAACAAAUCUUUCCGCGAUCAGUCUCACAGUUACCUUAGCCAAAAGACCUGUUGCUAAAAGUGGAAAAUAUACUUUAACAGCGGCUAAUAAAACUGAAGUAAAGACAUUUAGUGAACAACUCCUGACAUUAGAUUUGGUAAUAAAACGUUUAAACUGGGUGUUUAUUAUCGCUGAUGUCCGUCACCCUAUAUUAGGUGCAGACUUCCUAAGCUCCUACAACCUACUAGUUGAUGUUAAAAAAAGAAAACUUGUCGUUUCUUGCACAAAACUUCAAGUUCCUGGAAUUCAGUCGGACUGUCAUAUACAUAGUAUUAAAAUAGACACUCCAGCAAACGAUAUAUUCGCCUAUAUUUUAUCUAAAUUUCCCAAGAUAACGAAUCCGGACUAUGGUGAAAACACCAUCCAACAUUCCAUAGUACAUCGAAUCAUCACAAAAUGCCAACCAGUUUCGGCAUGUCCACACCGAUUACCACCGGACAAGCUUACUGUUGUAGAAGCUGAAUUUGAGCACAUGAUACAACUUGGGAUAAUACGUCCGUCAAGUAGCCCCUGGGCAUCCCCACUCCACAUGGUACGUAAGCGAGAUCAGGGUUGGCGACCCUGUGGUGAUUAUCGGUCAUUGAAUAACUUGACGUUACCUGAUUGUUACCCCAUUCGCUUACCUUACACGGCAAACAACUUUUUUCUAAAAUCGGUCUUGUGAGAGCGUACCAUCAGAUUCCAGUAGCAUCCGAGGAUAUAGUAAAAACAGCCAUUAUUAAUCCAUUUGGUUUGUUUGAAUUUCUGAGAAUGUCAUUUGGAUUAAAGAAUGCUGCACAGACUUUUCAACGAUUUAUGGAUGGUCACUAAAGGUCUAAAUUUUGUUUUCGUGUAUAUUGACGAAAUAUUAAUAGCUAGCAGUUUGUUUCACGACUUCGGUUGCUUGGAUAUGUUCUACGAAUGUCGUCCCAGAGAAUUCCACGUCGUGCACUAUUUGCCGACGCUGGGACUGGUUGGAAAAGCUAUGUGGUCAGUGUAUGAUAUGGUGUCGUGUUAUGAAAGAAAGCUGCAAAGGGCUGGCUUCUGUUUGUCCUUCUCGGCUCCCUGGCUGGGUUCCGAGAGAUGGUGCAACACAGUGGCUAGAGACAUCAGAUAUGGCUCAGAAUAGAAGCCAGUGGCGAUCCUGCUGUAAGCUUCUUUUACUUUUUUCAUAAAAUGUAGUUGUACCUUCCUUAACUGAAUGAAUUCUUCUGGUUGUACCCUUCCGUUUCCCCCACUAUUAUUAUUAUUAUUAAUAUAACACUACCACACACUAAUCUGUGGUCGUUAUUGUUCUUUUUUUCUUAUACGCACCUUACAUUCUUUUUCUCUUCCCAUUCUCAUUGUUUUUUGUGGCGCAUAUAUAUCUGGUGCCCCCUUGUACCAGUAUCUAUGUGUUCAUAUAAAUGAAUAAAUAAUAUCAACUAUUCGAAAGAUUUCAGAGAUAUGGUAUGGUCAUUAAUCCAUCCAAAUGCAUUUUUGGAGUCGAGAGUUAAGAGUUCUUAGGUCACUCGAUUGACAAACGUGGAAUCAAACCGUUAGACACAAAAACUGCAACCAUCAAAAGUUUCCCAGAACCAGAUUCAUGGAAUAAACUCCGACGUUUCUUGGGAAUGAUUAAUUUUCAUCAUCGGUUUAUUCCGCACUGCUCAGCCAUUCUACAACCUUUAACGGAAAUGUUAAAAGGCAGUUAAAAAGUUCACAUUAUCCUCCGAAGCGAAAGAUGCCUUCCCUGCAGCUAAAACAGGAAUUGCUUCUACUACUAGGCUGACCUAAGUCCUGACCCGGAAGCAACACUAAUUCUGUUUACAGACGCAUCCCAGGCAGCAGUAGGGGCGGUACUACAACAGCGAGUAAAUAAUGGAGUCAAACUACUUGCUUUCUUUUCAAAGAAGCUAAAACCAACUCAAACUCGAUAUAGUAUUUUUGGUAGAGAAUUAUUGGCCAUUUAUCUAGUUGUUAGACAUUUUAAACACUUACUGUAAGGUAGAGAUUUCGUGAUACUCAUUGAUCACAAACCUUGAACUUACGCCUUUAACGCUAAAAUCGAUUGUAAUUCACCUAGAGACAUUCGGCAACUAGAUUAUAUUUCCCAAUUUUCGACCAAUACACAGUUUAUAAAAGGUAACUCAAAUGUUGUUGCAGAUACAAUACCAUGUUUCAACGUCGAUGCAAUUUGCUUCACCAACGGAAUCGAUUUAUUAGACAUUGCACGUUUACAGACGGAUGAUUCUGAUCUUGCUGCCUGUAAGCAAAGUCCGAGUCUGGUGUUAAAGUGUCCCAAUACCACAUUCCGACUCAACUAUAUUUUGUGGUACUUCGACUGGAACACACGGAACAUUUCUGUCAAUAGUGUACAGAAAAACAGGUUUUGAUUGUCUCCACUCAUUAUCUCAUCCAGGAAUCCGUGCUACUGUGAGACUGAACGCGGAAAGAUUUGUUUGGCCAAAAAUGAACGUAAAUAUAAAGCAAUGGACCAGAAAUUGUUUACGAUGCCAACGCAGCAAAGUUCAAAGACACACAGUUAGUCCUCUUGGGAAGUUUCCAUUGCCUGAUAAACGCUUUCAACAUAUUCAUCUAGACAUAGUUGGUCCCCUGCCACCAUCAAACUCUUUCACGCAUACUCUUACCGCAGUGGACAGGUUUACAAGAUGAGCGACAGCAUGCCCUAUCACAGACACAUCCGCAGAGACAGUUGAAGCCGUAUUCCUUGAUCGGUGGAUAUCAAAUUACGGAGUACUCGCAAUCGUUACUACAUACCGUGGUCCCCAGUUUCAAUCCAUCCUAUUCCAGGGUUUUACCAAGCCUGGCACUUGAACCGGGUUGGUUGAUACGAAGGAUUCAACUAGUUGUGUUUGUAAACCCUGUUUCCAAACAAAUGGCGUAUGAACUAACCAUUGGUCACUGGCUAUCAUGGGGCUGCGUCUCUUGAAGUUGCUCUACUGCCUUGUGGAUCAAAUCUUUAGGUCAAAGGCUUCUGGUGUGACCCCUUAAGGUCACCUGCUUCGGUUUGGUUACCCUAACAGUCUCACAGUUCACACACAAAUGAAGUGAUCUUUGUGGCGCAUAUGUAUUUUAUUUCUCUGUGUACUGGUAUUUGUGUUCAAUUAGAUAAAUGCUUCAGUUUUUUCACGAAAUUCCAAACAUCCUCGUGAUCGAAUUGCACACCAAUUACUCACUAGGCAAGAAGUGGGUUAAAACCUACCUUUAUUUAGUUAUUAAAGUUCUCAUUAUUUGCAAGAAUGACAAAAUUGAAAGAUUCAGUGAAGUUUCUACUUUUAAAAUGAGAAUGGGAAAAUAGAAAGCAAGUAGGAUCGAUGCGUAUGUAACCAUGUGGCAUGAUUUGUAUAUCUGUAGAAUUAACCAAAAAGCCUUCAAUAGUUAAAUCACAGUAUUCAUCAGUAAGAGUACAAAGCAAUCUGCUCUACCCGAUAUCCUAAUCCCAACUCAAGUUUAACACACAUAACGAGUGGUCAAACAAACAUGUAUGUGAAGCAAGUGUACUUGUGAGGUCGAAUAGUAUGUUAGACAUAAGGCCAACUUCCAGAUCCAUGUUUUGUCGGAUACAUGGAGUUAUUAUACCAUGAGGACAUCCCUAUCGAUCUAAUAACAGAGCAACUUAUUGGAUGUAAAUGUGAAAAUAUCUGCCGCCUAGAAGACAAUUGCACUUGUUUAUCGAAAUCUGGAAUGUCAUAUGAUAUGAAUGGUUUACUGACUAAUUUUAUGAAUCCAAUUUUUGAAUGCAACAGUGAAUGUGUUUGUAGUCAAUCAUGCACUAAUCGAGUCGUCCAAAGAUAUUUAAACGAUGCUGAGUUUACAUUUGAGUCUGAGUACCAUACGAAAACUUAUGUAACUAAUCAUCCGGUUAUGGGUAGAGGUUUAAAAGCAGCUUGUGAAAUCCAACGUGGGGAACUCGUUUGUGUUUAUUUGGGUGAAGUAAUUCCAUAUAAAGAAGCUUGCCUAAGAGAAGCCCUUCAGCUUGCAUGUUAUGGUCGCAAUUUUAUCAUGAUAAUGCGUGAGUAUAGUGACCAUCAUCUUGUGUCAGAGACAUGUGUUGACGGGAAUUCCGAAUCGUGGGGUUCAGUGAAGUCGAAAGCACGCCUAAUUAACCAUUCUUGUACACCUAAUCUAACAGUAGUUCCUGUUCGAGUUGAUAGUUUCAUUCCCUAUUUAGCAUUAUUUGCUAACAAAGUUAUCUUUGAAGGUACACAACUGUCAUAUGAUUAUGCUCAGUCUGUGCCCAGCGACAAAAUACGAUUAUCCAACACGCUUUGUUUAUGCAGCUCGGACUCCUGUCGAGUAUACAUGCCUGGAGUAUAAGUAUAGUUCAUUUAGAAGAAAUCGAAGUGUCUCAAAUCAUUUCAAAAGCAUGCAGUUGUCAAAAAUAUCUUGGUGGUUAUUGAAUAUAUUGUGAGUUAGUACGUGGAUAUUUAUGCAUAAAGUCAUCGUUCGCAUGAUUGUACGAAUUAGCUUUGAUCAUCGGACUUGCGGAAUAAUACUUUUGUUAUUCAAGGCUACUUGUUCACAAAAUCAUGAUAUUAAUAUAGAUGGAUCGUGUGUUUUUCUUGUUAGGAUUGGAUAAAACUCGAUAUAAUACUGUAAUUCAAUGGUAUUUGUACAGAAUAACAUUCUUUUGUACUAAUUUAGUAUGAUAUUCUUUCAGUAUGAUACUUAGCAUUCUUUUGCAUUAGUUUACUGUAACAUUUGCAAAGCUUGUCUGUUUGCAUAAUUCCACUUUUUAUUCCUACUGUUUCAAUAUUGAUUUUUGUUGAUGAUUUGUCAGAUGUCAGUAAAAUAUGUUGAUAAAUGUAUAUAUUUGGUUAGUGAGGGAUUCUUUUAAACAAAAUACUCAUUUGUUAUAAUUCAAUCUUUAUCUCCUUUCUCGUAUUGUUAACACAUCUUAGUGUUUCUCCUUGUCUCAAGUACCAGUUUUCUGCGGUUGUAUCAACUAGCAACGGUG